AUGCCUCGCUUCACUACACUCCUCGCCCUUUGCGUCACCGCACUCACGGCGGGCGCUGCAGCCAAUCCUAUUGUCAUCCGUGACCCGCCCAUCUCACUUCCCCUUGUGCGUCGCUUCAACGCUACGGCGACCGGAGGUCAGACCAUCGUCCAACGGGAUCAAGCCCGUGCGAGGUUUCUCGCAGCGCGCGCAGCUCAAGCGAAGGCGUCCACGUCCAACACGAACGGGUCGACCUCGUUCAGGCGGCAGGUCGAUUUCGACGUGUCCGACGGCGUCGUGAGCUACGUCGCCAGCGUGGGCGUCGGCUCUCCGCCUACGUUCUACGACCUGAUCGUCGAUACCGGGAGCUCUGUCACCUGGGUCGGUGCGACCCCCGACAAACCGUAUGUGAAGACGGGCAGCAGCGUCGAUACAAACGAAGAAGUGGCGGUUACAUACGGCUCUGGGUCCUUCGCCGGGGAAGAGUUUGUCGAUACGGUGACGCUUGGUAGUCUUGUGAUUCCGAACCAGGGCGUAGGCUCGGCCCAGGUUGCGGUGGGCUUCGACGGCGUGGACGGAAUCUUGGGCAUCGGACCAGUCGACUUGACUUCUGGCACCAUUUCCGGCGGAGGGACGAUCACAACCGUCACGGAGAACGCCUUCUCCCAGGGGCUCAUCCCGGAGCGUCUCAUCGGCAUCUCGUUCGAGCCCACGACUUCCCCGGAUCAGGUGAACGGGGAGCUGACGUUUGGUGCGAUCGACCCCUCGAAGUUCACCGGUCCUCUGCACUUUGUGCCCAUCACUUCGACGUCGCCAGCCGAUCAGUUUGUUGGCAUCGAUCAAACCAUCUCGUACGGGAGCACAGAGCUUCUCUCUUCUGCGGGUAUCACCGACACCGGCACUACCCUCAUUCUCCUCGCCUCCGAUGCAUUACAGAAAUAUCAGCAGGUUACGGGAGCCACCCUUGACCUAGUGACCGGGUUUCUCCAGAUUACGCCGGAACAAUUCAGCAAUCUGCAGCCUUUGACCUUCAACAUCGGCGGCACUGCAUACGAGCUCACGCCGAAUGCGCAGCUUUGGCCGCGUGCUCUGAACACAGGCAUCGGAGGACAGGCGGAUAGCAUCUACCUCAUCGUGAACGACCUGGGCAGGCCAAGCGGCAAGGGCAUGGACUUUGUCGACGGCUUCGCGUUCCUCCAGCGGUUCUACUACGUGUUCGACGAGGGAAACAGCCAGGUCGGGUUCGCGACGACGUCGUUCACGGAUGCGACCACGAACUGA